AUUUUGAAAAUAGAACAGAAUUUCUUAUGAUUAGAGAUGGAGGAACAAUGCAUUCUCCUGUUCUAGGAAUUUAUUGUGGAAAUUAUUUACCAGAAACAGUAUAUGCUACUGGUAACAUAAUUUUUGUUCGUUAUGUUACAUCUGGUGAACAUCCACAUUCUGGUUUUAGUGCAGAAAUUCACACUGCUGAAUGUGGAGGAUUACUUUAUGGACGUAAUAUUUCUAUAACAUCACCAAAUUUUCCACAAAAUUAUAGUAAUAGUCAAACUUGUGAAUGGAAUGUUUACGUGUGGGAAUGGAGAAUAUUAAAAUAUCGUUUUGAUGUUUUAGAUCUUGCAGAUACAUCAUGCAAUAAGGAUUUUGUUGAAGUCAAAGAAGAAAAUUCAACAGGUAAGUUGUAUCUUUUAAUUUACAAAAUAUAUAGUUUUAAUAUAGCUUAAAUAUAAU